AUUUGAUAUGAAAAUUAAAAUUUGAUAAUUAUAGACAAAAUUCAAUUUAAUAUAAAAUAUUUUCAAUUUUCUCAACCACGGGCAUAUAAAUUUAGAACAACCUGUAUACAACAAAUUGUUAUAUUUAAUUUUAAGAAGUGAUUAAAACGAUACUCGGAACAAUGCGCUUAAAAUAAAACUAAAGUGAAAUCGAAAAUAGGUCAUUAUCGUUGUUCUCGGAAGGUUCAAUCAUUAGCCGAUGCUAAAGAAGACUUAGUGAAAGUAGAUAAUAGAUCAUUAAAUUUUGUAAUUAGUAGAAAGUAAUUUUUAGAAUGGGAAUUAACUAUUUUCUUUGAAAUCCAUUAAGCAUAUUUAGAAAGUUUAAAAAUUGGUUUUGAGGAAUACUGCGAAUGAGAGUUGGUGGUGGAAUUUUGGUUUGUGAAUCUGGAAGGGAUAUUUAGAAAGUAGGGGAAUGAAUGACAAAUAGAGAUCAGAAUGUUUUGAGCUGUCGAGAAGUGAAGUCGAGUAGUAGACGGUAGUGUUCGAGGAGUGAGAAAGUCGGUGUAGUUCCGUGAGUGUGGAGUAUCUAUCGUAGAACGAGAGGUAGGCCAAGUUGAGAGUAAAAGAACCUCCUUGAGCCAAGAGUUCCCGGUAGCUGAUUGCAGUUUCGAAAAGGUAGAAGACAGCAUCACAACAGAAGCAGGAAACGAGAGCUAUACGAGUUAGUUUCAGAGGAGAACAUUACUGGAAGCCAGGACGAGGUUUGAUUGCAGCCAAGGACAGCAGGAAACGGGUCUUAUGUGAAGACAUUCUCAGUGCACCAAAAAAAAAAGGUCAGUCUCAUUUGUUUGGACAUGAAUGUAUGGGUUUUUUCGUAGUAAAUACCACAUUUAAAAUUGAGGAAACAUAAUCAAUAAUAUCAGAAAAGCUUCAUCAAACUUAAAUAGAAUUGUUGCUGAUAAAUCAUAAUAGUUAAAUGUUAAUAAAAACUUUCAAUUGGAAAUCAAAAGGAAAUAAGAUUCCCAUGUAUAAAUGUUAUGUUUAAGAAUAAUAAGAUAUAGCAAAUAUUAAGCAGUGAUUGCCAUUUAAAUAAAAUAAACAAUAUUUUGAUUACAAUUGUAACCCAUAUGUGUUAUUAUUCUACUCUUUUCUUUCCUAUCCCGAUUAGGAACCAUUAAGAAAUACUUAGAAGCCACGUAUGUAAGUAAUUAAUUUUAUAAAAAAGCCCUGAGAUUGAAAACAUAUUGAUAUGUGAUCUGGUAAAUUAAUUAGAUUAUUAUUAAAGCAUUGAUUAAAUUAAAUGACAUAUAAAAUUAUUAUCUCAUAUCAAUAAUCAAGAUCACAACAACUGUCGUCCAACGUGGAGGGCAUUAUAAAGUAUUUCUAGUGGCAAAUUUGAAGGAUAGAAAGAGUAAAGCCGGUAUUUGAAAAUUUAUAUGCCUGUGGUAAAAAGUGAGAUACUUACAUUUGAUAACAUAAAAUUUUAGAUCUCUUUAGGUACAAAUUUUACAUAACUGAUUUAAUAUUUUAUUUUUACGAUAUUACAUUUGAUAUAUUUAUUGACAAUUUAUAAUAUUUGGGUGAGAAAAAGUCGUCUUGGUAACAUACUAGUAAAAUUUCAUAUUUGGCGGGGACAGUACUUCUUGAAAACAAAUGUCUGUGACAAGAAGCCAAAGCAAAGACAACAAAAAACAAAAAGAACAUUCAAAUCAAGAGAAUAAUUCAGACCAAGAAGACAUUUUAGACACGACAAUCAUGGCAUCAGAACAGCAAGAAUUAUCAGGAAUAGAUAAAAUAUUACGAAUGAUGCAACUCCAGUCACAAAGAAUGGAACAAAAACUGGAUGAAAAUCAACGUGAAACGAAACAAGCCAUGGAAGAAACAUCAAAGAAAAUGGAUAAAAAUCAGGAAGAAACAUCAAAGAAAAUGGAUAAAGUGGAGAAAAAAAUGGAUGACAAUCAACAGGAAAGAAAAACAAGUCACCGAAAACAGGACGCAACAGAAUGUCGGAGAAAGAAGAGAAAUGGUUAUACAUAGCACAGAUGACGUGAAGAUAAGGUUUGGCGGGGAUGUAAGAAGAUUACACCCAGUGCCGUUCAUAAAUAGCCUGAAAAAGAAAAUACAGCACAUCGGAAAUUUCGAAACAGCAAAAGAAACUAUCAGAAACCAUCUCAAAAAUGAAGCAAGCCUAUGGUUCGAUUGCAAAGAAGAAGAAUUUGACAGUUGGCAAGAAUUUGAACAAAAAUUUUUGAAUUAUUUCUGGGGAAAAGUCCAACAAUUGGAAAUUAACAAGGAAUUGCAAAAUGGGAAAUACAAUGAUAGGAUGGGUAUAUCAGAAAGGACAUAUGCAUUACAAAUUUACUAUAACGCAAAACAUUUACAAUAUAAUUACUCAUCGGAACAAUUAGUCGAACUGAUUGCAAGACAUUUCGAAGAAACGCUGGAAGACCAUAUCACAUUGCAAAACUACAAAGACAUAGAUAGUUUAUGCCAAUUCCUACAAAUAAGAGAAUUGCGUUUAAGAGAAAGAAAAUCAAGAAGGUCGCGAGAAGAUUACAGGCCCCGAGAAACACAGGAGUACAGAGAUAGAAAUGAAAAUAGGAGGGACGAUACAAGACGAGAUUUUAAUCCCAGAAGGGAAAACGAAAAUAGAGACAACGGAAGAGGAAAUUAUGAACAAAGAAAGAGGCAAUGGAAUGAGGACAGAAAUCGAGAAUACCAGAAUAGAAACACCACACGCUCAAAUCAAGAAAACAGAAAUAAUGGUAGACAAAAUGAACAGGGAUAUCGAGAAAACCGAAACAGAUCCGACAGACCAAGAGAAAAUAGAAGAGAAGUAAAUAAUACCCAGACAGAUGAAUAUGACGGAGAGAGACAUUAUGACGAAAAUAUAAACAACGAUGAGCAACCGGCGUUUUUUCACGACGGCGCUCACUAAAAACCAAAAAUCAAACAGGAAUUUUUUGUAACCCCAAGGAGUUUAUUAAAUUGGCAAGAAACAACGAAAAGAAAAAUGGAGUUAAUUUAAAAUUUGUGGAUGGAUUUAUCAACGAGAAACCAAUUAAAAUUAUGAUAGACACUGGAUCUGAAAUAACAUUGGUCAACAGAAAACUAAUAGAAGAAGUUAACUUAACAAAUUUAAUUUACAAAAUACCUAGGGUAAAUUUAGUGGGCGCAAACAAACGGACAUUGGCAACUAUAAAUGAAGGCAUACGAGUAAUGGUACGACUGGGUAAGAAGAUGUAUGCACUACAAUGUGUAAUAAUGCCAAACAUGUCACAUGACAUGAUAGUAGGAGUUGACGAAUUGGCAGAAAAACAUGUAGUGAUAGAUUUUAAAAAUAAUACGAUGAAUCUAACAGAAGAAAAAGAAGAAGAACAGAACAAGGAACAGGAGAAACAAAAUACGGACGAAUCAGGUAAAGAACAAACAGUGGAAAUGAAUUUGGCAACGAAGCAAGGACAAAGAAGAAAAGGGAGAAAAAGUCAGAAAAAGACAAAAGAAAAUGAAACCUGUGGCUCCUCAAAAGAAGAGUUGAGCCCAGAAGAAAAAAAAUUGAGAGUAUCAAAAGCAAAAGAAAACUGGGAUUCCUCAAAAGAAGAGACGAGCUCAGGAGAAGAAGAAAUAAAGCUAACAAAUGAAAGCGAAAAAGAUAUGAUCGAAACAGUGGCAUUUGAAGAGGAGGCAUAUGAAAACGAGGAUGCAGAAUACACGGUAAAAGUAUGUGAAAAAUCUGAGGAAAAAGACAGAAGAUUGAUAUGGGAAAAAGGGAAAGACAACAUAAUAGCCGACACUCUAACACAGGAUGAGGACACUGAAAAUAAGGAAACAAUUACUCUACAGGUGGGACUAAUUAGAGUAAUACAAGAAGAAGGGGUAUAAGACGUAGAUUAAAGUAAGGAAAUAUACAGGGAGUUGGUUUUGCCCUCGAGAAAAUUUAUUUAAAAAUGCAGAUAAAUUUUAUCGAAUACAAGGCGGGAAUUUGUUAUAUUUCUAUUUGAUAUGAAAAUUAAAAUUUGAUAAUUAUAGACAAAAUUCAAUUUAAUAUAAAAUAUUUUCAAUUUUCUCAACCACGGGCAUAUAAAUUUAGAACAACCUGUAUACAACAAAUUGUUAUAUUUAAUUUUAAGAAGUGAUUAAAACGAUACUCGGAACAAUGCGCUUAAAAUAAAACUAAAGUGAAAUCGAAAAUAGGUCAUUAUCGUUGUUCUCGGAAGGUUCAAUCAUUAGCCGAUGCUAAAGAAGACUUAGUGAAAGUAGAUAAUAGAUCAUUAAAUUUUGUAAUUAGUAGAAAGUAAUUUUUAGAAUGGGAAUUAACUAUUUUCUUUGAAAUCCAUUAAGCAUAUUUAGAAAGUUUAAAAAUUGGUUUUGAGGAAUACUGCGAAUGAGAGUUGGUGGUGGAAUUUUGGUUUGUGAAUCUGGAAGGGAUAUUUAGAAAGUAGGGGAAUGAAUGACAAAUAGAGAUCAGAAUGUUUUGAGCUGUCGAGAAGUGAAGUCGAGUAGUAGACGGUAGUGUUCGAGGAGUGAGAAAGUCGGUGUAGUUCCGUGAGUGUGGAGUAUCUAUCGUAGAACGAGAGGUAGGCCAAGUUGAGAGUAAAAGAACCUCCUUGAGCCAAGAGUUCCCGGUAGCUGAUUGCAGUUUCGAAAAGGUAGGACACAGCAUCACGACAGAAGCAGGAAACGAGAGCUAUACGAGCUAGUUUCAGAGGAGAACAUUACUGGAAGCCAGGACGAGGUUUGGAUUGCAGCCAAGGAUAGCAGGAAACGGGUCUUGUGUGAAGACAUUCUCAGUGCACCAGAAAAAGGUCAGUCUCAUUUGUUUGGACAUGAAUGUAUGGGUUUUUCGUAGUAAAUACCACAUUUAAAAUUGAAGAAACAUAAUCAAUAAUAUCAGAAAAGAUUCAUCAAACUUAAAUAGAAUUGUUGCUAAUAAAUCAUAAUAGUUAAAUGUUAAUAAAAACUUUCAAUUGGAAAUCAAAAGAAAAUAAGAUUCCCAUGUGUAAAUGUUAUGUUUAAGAAAAAUAAGAUAUAGCAAAUAUUAAGCAGUGAUUGCCAUUUAAAUAAAAUAAACAAUAUUUUGAUUACAAUUGUAACCCAUAUGUGUUAUUAUUUUACUCUUUUCUUUCCUAUCCCGAUUAGGAACCAUUAAGAAAUACUCAGAAGCCACGUAUGUAAGUAAUUAAUUUUAUAAAAAGCCCUGAGAUUGAAAACAUAUUGAUAUGUGAUCUGGUAAAUUAAUUAGAUUAUUAUUAAUGCAUUGAUUAAAUUAAAUGACAUAUAAAAAUAUUAUCUCAUAUCAAUAAUCAAGAUCACAACAACUGUCGUCCAACGUGGAGGGCAUUGUAAAGUAUUUCUAGUGGCAAAUUUGAAGGAUAGAAAGAGUAAAGCCGGUAUUUGAAAAUUUAUAUGCCUGUGGUAAAAAGUGAGAUACUUACAUCUGAUAACAUAAAAUUUUAGAUCUCUUUAGGUACAAAUUUUACAUAACUGAUUUAAUAUUUUAUUUUACGAUAUUUACAUUUGAUAUAUUUAUUGACAAUUUAUAAUAUUUGGGUGAGAAAAAGUCGUUUUGGUAACAUACUAGUAAAAUUUCAUAUUUGGCGGGGAUAGUACUUUUUGAAAACAAAUGUCUGUGACAAGAAGCCAAAGCAAAGACAACAAAAAACAAAAAGAACAUUCAGACCAAGAAGAGAUUUUAGACACGACAAUCAUGGCAUCA